GCGGUGACGUGGACGUCCGGUGCGCGCGCGCAGGCUCUUCAGCUGGAGCGGACACACGGUGUGCGAACCGAACAGAAUAACCCGCCCCCAGCGGGAUGUGAAGGACUCCGGGUGAGGCCGGCCACGCCCCGCACGGAUGGGAAGGCCAUUGUGACUAUGUGGUGAUUACAGUUGUCUUACUACUGAGUUUCCUACUGAAAUCAUGGAGGAGAAACAGCAGAUUAUAUUGGCUAAUCAAGAUGGUGGAACAGUGGCAGGAGCAGCACCUACCUUCUUUGUCAUCUUAAAGCAGCCAGGAAAUGGCAAAACUGAUCAAGGAAUUUUGGUUACUAAUCAGGAUGCCUGUGCUUUGGCUAGUAGUGUGUCAUCACCAGUAAAAUCUAAAGGGAAGAUUUGCCUUCCAGCUGAUUGUACUGUGGGUGGAAUCACUGUUACCCUCGAUAACAAUAGUAUGUGGAAUGAGUUCUAUCAUCGAAGCACAGAGAUGAUUCUGACCAAGCAAGGAAGACGCAUGUUUCCUUAUUGUCGUUAUUGGAUAACAGGUUUAGAUUCAAAUUUGAAGUAUAUUCUUGUCAUGGAUAUAUCUCCUGUGGAUAACCAUCGUUAUAAGUGGAAUGGUCGUUGGUGGGAACCCAGUGGGAAGGCUGAACCUCAUGUUUUGGGGAGGGUUUUUAUUCAUCCAGAAUCUCCUUCCACAGGUCAUUAUUGGAUGCAUCAACCAGUAUCUUUCUAUAAACUCAAACUUACCAACAAUACACUGGACCAAGAAGGGCAUAUCAUCUUGCACUCUAUGCAUCGUUACCUGCCAAGGCUUCAUUUGGUGCCUGCAGAAAAGGCUGUGGAGGUGAUACAAUUAAAUGGCCCUGGUGUCCACACUUUUACCUUCCCACAGACUGAAUUCUUUGCAGUCACAGCUUAUCAGAACAUUCAGAUUACUCAGCUGAAAAUAGAUUACAAUCCAUUUGCCAAAGGCUUUCGGGAUGAUGGGCUGAAUAGUAAGCCCCAAAGAGAUGGAAAACAAAAGAACAGCUCUGACCAAGAAGGGAAUAAUAUUUCCAGUUCUUCUGGUCAUCGGGUCCGUCUUACAGAAGGUCAGGGGUCAGAGAUACAACCAGGUGAUUUGGAUCCUUUGUCAAGGGGUCAUGAAACAUCAGGCAAGGGUUUGGAGAAGACUUCCCUUAAUAUAAAACGAGACUUUCUUGGUUUCAUGGAUACUGAUUCAGCACUUAGUGAAGUUCCUCAAUUGAAGCAAGAGAUUUCUGAAUGUCUUAUUGCCAGCAAUUUUGAAGAUGACUCCCAUGUAGCCUCACCAUUAGACCAGAAUGGAAGCUUCAAUGUUGUUAUUAAAGAGGAACCUCUAGAUGAUUACGACUACGAACUUGGUGAGUGCCCAGAAGGGGUCACUGUGAAACAGGAAGAGACAGAUGAAGAGACAGAUGUAUACUCAAACAGUGAUGAUGAUCCUAUACUAGAGAAACAGCUAAAGAGGCACAAUAAAGUUGACAACCCAGAAGCUGACCAUCUAUCUUCUAAAUGGCUUCCAAGCAGCCCAUCAGGUGUUGCUAAAGCUAAAAUGUUCAAAUUAGACACUGGAAAGAUGCCAGUAGUCUAUCUGGAGCCCUGUGCUAUCACUAGAAGCACAGUGAAGAUUUCUGAACUCCCUGAUAACAUGCUUUCCACAUCUCGAAAGGAUAAAUCUUCUAUGUUGGCAGAAUUGGAAUAUUUGCCUGCAUACAUUGAAAAUUCCAAUGAGACUGCCUUCUGCUUAGGCAAGGAAUCAGAAAAUGGUCUUAGAAAACAUUCAUCAGAUCUCCGAGUAGUACAAAAAUAUCCCUUACUGAAAGACUCUCAGUGGAAAUAUCCUGAUAUAUCUGAUAGCAUUAACACAGAAAGAAUACUUGAUAGUUCAAAGGGUUCAGUUGGAGACUUACUUUCAGGAAAAGAGGACUUGGGCAGAAAGAGAACAACUAUGCUUAAGAUUGCAACACCCCCAAAGGUAGUGAAUGCUAAUCAGAAUGCCUCUCCAAAUGUCCCUGGAAAAAGAGGAAGGCCACGAAAAUUGAAACUCUGUAAGGCAGGACGACCACCUAAAAAUACAGGAAAGUCUUUAAUUUCUACAAAGAAUGCAACUGUAGGCCCUGGGAGUACUUUUCCAGAUGUGAAGCCUGAUCUGGAAGAUGUGGAUGGUGUUCUCUUUGUUUCCUUUGAAUCAAAGGAAGCUCUAGACAUUCAUGCAGUUGAUGGGACAACAGAAGAAUCUUCUAGUCUUCAGGCAUCAACCACAAAUGACUCAGGUUACAGAGCAAGAAUUUCCCAGUUGGAAAAGGAGUUGAUAGAAGAUUUGAAGUCUUUGCGGCACAAGCAGGUGAUACAUCCUGGUCUUCAAGAAGUGGGCUUAAAAUUGAAUUCAGUGGAUCCAACAAUGAGCAUUGAUCUUAAAUACUUGGGAGUACAGUUACCUUUGGCUCCAGCUACUAGUUUUCCUUUUUGGAACCUUACAGGAACCAACCCUGCCUCUCCUGAUGCGGGAUUUCCCUUUGUUUCUAGGACAGGGAAAACCAAUGAUUUCACUAAGAUCAAGGGAUGGAGGGGAAAAUUUCAUAGUGCUUCUGCAUCUAGGAAUGAAGGUGGAAAUUCAGAAAGUUCACUGAAAAAUCGUUCUGCUUUCUGUAGUGAUAAGCUAGAUGAAUACUUGGAAAAUGAAGGCAAGCUGAUGGAAACAAGCAUGGGUUUCUCUUCUAAUGCUCCCACAUCUCCUGUGGUGUACCAGCUUCCCACUAAGAGUACCAGCUAUGUACGAACACUUGAUAGUGUACUAAAGAAGCAAUCUACUAUUUCCCCUUCUACCUCUUACUCUUUGAAACCUCAUUCUGUACCCCCUGCCUCUCGAAAGGCAAAGUCUCAAAACAGACAGGCAACUUUCAGUGGCCGAACUAAAUCAUCUUAUAAGUCCAUUUUACCAUACCCUGUUUCACCAAAGCAGAAAUACCCUCAUAUGAUUCUGGGAGAUAAGGUUACCAAGAAUUCUUCAGGUGUCAUCUCAGAAAAUCAGGCGAAUAACUUUGUUAUGCCAACUUUAGAUGAAAAUGUGUUUCCAAAGCAGAUUAGUUUGCGGCAGGCACAGCAGCAGCAGCAGCAACAGCAACAGGGAAGUCGUCCUCCAGGCUUGUCUAAAUCUCAGGUGAAGCUAAUGGACCUGGAAGACUGUGCACUUUGGGAAGGAAAACCGAGGACGUAUAUCACAGAAGAGCGAGCAGAUGUAUCCUUAACAACUCUACUUACAGCUCAAGCAUCCCUCAAAACUAAACCUAUCCACACAAUUAUAAGGAAACGAGCCCCUCCCUGCAACAAUGACUUCUGUCGACUGGGUUGUGUAUGUUCCAGUCUAGCUUUGGAGAAGCGCCAACCUGCUCACUGCCGCCGACCAGACUGCAUGUUUGGUUGUACUUGUUUGAAAAGAAAAGUUGUACUUGUUAAAGGAUCCAAAACUAAGCAUUUUCAGAGGAAGGCUGCUCUUCAUCGAGAUCCAGUAUUUUAUGAUACUCUGGGAGAGGAGGCAAGGGAAGAAGAAGAAGGAAUCAGGGAGGAGGAGGAACAGUUGAAAGAGAAAAAGAAGAGAAAGAAGCUAGAAUACACUAUAUGUGAAACAGAGCCUGAACAGCCUGUUCGACAUUACCCAUUAUGGGUAAAAGUAGAAGGUGAAGUAGAUCCAGAACCAGUUUAUAUCCCCACACCUUCUGUCAUUGAGCCUAUGAAACCAUUGUUAUUGCCUCAGCCAGAAGUUUUAUCUCCUACUGUGAAGGGCAAACCGCUCGCUGGAAUUAAAUCUGCACGGUCAUAUACUCCCAGACCCAAUCCCGUGAUUCGGGAAGAGGACAAAGAUCCCGUCUACUUGUACUUUGAAAGUAUGAUGACUUGUGCUCGUGUUCGAGUAUAUGAGCGAAAAAAAGAGGACCAGAGACAACCAUCUUCUUCCUCCUCCCCAUCUCCAUCAUUUCAGCAGCAGAGUUUAUGUCAUUCUAGCCCUGAGAACCAUAGUAAUGCAAAGGAACCUGAUUGUGAACAGCAGCCCUUAAAACAACUCACCUGUGACUUGGAGGAUGAUUCUGAUAAAUUACAAGAAAAGAGCUGGAAGUCUCCCUGCAAUGAAGGGGAAUCCUCUUCUACUUCUUACAUGCAUCAGAGGUCACCUGGUGGUCCCACCAAACUGAUUGAGAUCAUCUCAGACUGCAACUGGGAGGAGGAUCGGAACAAGAUUUUGAGCAUCUUAUCCCAGCACAUCAAUAGCAACAUGCCACAAUCACUUAAGGUGGGCAGCUUCAUCAUUGAGUUGGCUUCUCAGCGAAAGAGCCGGGGUGAGAAGAACCCUCCUGUUUAUUCUUCUCGUGUGAAAAUCUCUAUGCCAUCAUGUCAAGACCAAGAUGAUAUGGCUGAGAAAUCUGGAUCAGAGACUCCUGAUGGUCCAUUGUCCCCUGGGAAAAUGGAGGAUAUCUCUCCUGUGCAGACAGAUGCCCUGGAUUCAGUGAGGGAGAGAUUACAUGGAGGCAAAGGUCUGCCUUUUUAUGCAGGGCUUUCUCCUGCAGGGAAGCUUGUGGCCUAUAAACGUAAACCCAGUUCAAGUACAUCUGGGCUUAUCCAGGUUAAUGGUAAGAGUUACCCGCAGGCUAAGUUGCUAUUGGGACAGAUGGGGGCAUUGCAUCCAGCCAAUAGGCUAGCUGCUUAUAUCACAGGCAGGUUGCGACCCUCAGUCCUGGACCUCUCAACCCUCAGUACUGUCAUCUCCAAGGUAGCAUCCAAUGCCAAGGUGGCUGCAUCCAGGAAACCACGUACCCUGUUGCCUUCAACAUCCAAUUCCAAAAUGGCAUCCUCCUCUGGCACUGCAACAAAUCGCCCUGGGAAGAAUCUGAAGGCGUUUGUCCCAGCAAAACGGCCAAUUGCGGCUCGACCCUCUCCUGGUGGUGUGUUCACACAGUUUGUGAUGAGUAAAGUUGGAGCCUUGCAGCAGAAGAUACCUGGAGUUAGCACACCCCAAACCCUGGCAGGGACACAGAAGUUCAGUAUCAGACCUUCUCCAGUAAUGGUCGUCACACCUGUGGUUUCUUCUGAGCCAGUUCAGGUGUGCAGCCCUGUGACUGCUGCUGUCACUACUACCACCCCUCAAGUGUUUUUAGAAAAUGUUACUGCUGUGACACCUAUGACUGCUAUUUCUGACGUGGAAACUAAAGAAACUACUUAUUCUUCUGGUGCCACCACUACAGGGGUUGUUGAGGUCUCUGAAACUAAUACCAGCACCCCUGUAACAUCUUCCCAGUCUACAGCCACUGUGAACCUUACCAAAACCACUGGGAUAACUACCCCUGUGGCUUCGGUUGCUUUUCCUAAGUCUUUGGUAGCAUCUCCUCCAACCAUAACUCUUCCUGUUGCUUCCACUGCCUCCACCUCCUUAGUCGUGGUGACUACAGCUGCAUCUUCCUCCAUGGUGACCACACCAACUUCAUCUCUGGGCUCUGUUCCUAUUAUACUCUCAGGAAUUAAUGGGAGUCCACCAGUGAGCCAGAGACCAGAAAAUCCUGCUCAAAUUCCAGUGGCUACUCCACAGGUCUCUCCUAACACAGUGAAACGUGCUGGACCUAGACUGUUGUUGAUUCCAGUGCAGCAGGGUUCUCCUACUCUUAGACCUGUCUCAAACACACAACUUCAGGGACAUCGAAUGGUCUUGCAGCCUGUUAGGAGUCCAAGUGGAAUGAACCUAUUCAGGCACCCUAAUGGGCAGAUUGUCCAGCUUCUACCUUUGCAUCAGCUUCGAGGCUCUAAUACCCAGCCCAACUUACAGCCUGUCAUGUUUCGGAACCCAGGGUCUGUGAUGGGAAUCCGGUUACCUGCUCCUUCCAAACCCUCUGAGACUCCGCCAUCUUCCACUUCGUCUUCUGCUUUCUCUGUCAUGAAUCCUGUAAUCCAAGCUGUUGGGUCUUCUUCAGCAGUGAAUGUUAUCACUCAGGCACCAUCAUUGCUUUCCUCUGGAGCUAGUUUUGUGUCUCAGGCUGGUACAUUGACCCUGAGGAUUUCUCCUCCUGAACCACAAAGCUUUGCAAGUAAAACAGGCUCUGAAACCAAAAUAACCUAUAGCUCAGGAGGACAGCCUGUUGGUACAGCCAGUCUUAUUCCUCUCCAGUCUGGUAGUUUUGCCUUGUUACAGCUCCCAGGACAAAAGCCUGUUCCUAGCUCCAUUCUUCAACAUGUUGCUUCCCUUCAGAUGAAGAGGGAAUCUCAGAAUCCAGACCAGAAAGAUGAAACAAAUUCAGUAAAAAGAGAGCAAGAAACCAAGAAGGUUCUACAGUCAGAAGGAGAGGCUGUAGACUCUGAGGCUAACAUAAUAAAACAAAACUCAGGAGCUGCUACCUCAGAAGAAACUCUGAAUGAUUCCUUGGAAGAUAGGGGUAAUCAUUUGGAUGAAGAAUCCCUUCCAGAAGAAGGUUCUGCAACUGUCAAACCAUCUGAGCAUUCCUGUAUCACUGGGUCACCUGCAGAUCAAGACUAUAAAGAUGUUAAUGAAGAGUAUGGGGCUAGGAAUCGUAACAGUUCCAAAGAAAAAGUGGCUGUUCUAGAAGUUAGGACCAUUUCUGAAAAAGCCGGUAAUAAGACCGUCCAAAAUUUAAGUAAAGUACAGCAUCAAAAACUUGGUGAUGUGAAGGUGGAACAGCAGAAAGGAUUAGACAAUCCAGAAGAAAACUCAAGUGAAUUUCCACUCACCUUUAAGGAAGAAAGUAAAUUUGAAUUGUCAGGAAGCAAAGUUAUGGAACAGCAAUCUAAUCCACAGCCAGAGGCCAAAGAGAAGGAAUGUGGAGACUCUCUGGAGAAAGACAGUAUUAGAGAAAGAUGGAGAAAACAUCUGAAGGGCCCCUUAACCAGGAAGUGUGUUGGAGCUUCACAGGAAUGUAAGAAAGAGGUAGACGAGCAGUUAAUUAAAGAAACAAAGACAUGUCAGGAAAAUUCAGAUGUGUUUCAGCAAGAACAAGGCAUCUCUGACUUACUUGGAAAAAGUGGAAUUACUGAAGAUGCCAGAGUUUUGAAAACUGAAUGUGAUUCUUGGAGUAGGAUUUCUAAUCCUUCAGCCUUCUCCAUUGUUCCUAGGAGAGCUGCAAAAAGCAGCAGAGGGAAUGGACAUUUUCAGGGUCACUUACUGCUACCUGGAGAACAGAUACAACCAAAGCAAGAGAAGAAGGGUGGGAGAAGCAGUGCUGACUUCACUGUUUUGGAUUUGGAAGAAGAUGACGAAGAUGAGAAUGAGAAAACCGAUGAUUCUAUUGAUGAAAUUGUGGAUGUUGUUUCUGACUACCAGAGUGAAGAGGUUGAUGAUGUAGAAAAGAAUAACUGUGUAGAAUAUAUUGAGGAUGAUGAGGAGCACGUGGACAUUGAGACUGUGGAAGAGCUCUCAGAGGAAGUUAAUGUUGCUCACCUGAAGACCACAGUGGCCCACACACAGUCAUUCAAACAGCCGUCCCGUACUCACAUCUCUGCAGAGGAAAAAGCAGCUGAAAGGAGUCGAAAGGCUCCACCAGUUCCUCUGAAACUGAAGCCUGAUUACUGGAGUGACAAACUACAGAAAGAAGCAGAAGCGUUUGCUUAUUAUCGCCGGACACACACUGCCAAUGAGCGGAGGCGGCGUGGUGAAAUGAGAGAUCUCUUUGAGAAAUUAAAGAUCACAUUGGGAUUACUUCAUUCUUCCAAGGUUUCUAAAAGUCUCAUUCUUACUCGAGCCUUCAGUGAAAUUCAGGGACUAACAGAUCAGGCAGACAAAUUGAUAGGACAGAAAAAUCUCCUAACUCGAAAAAGGAAUAUUCUCAUACGGAAAGUAUCGUCUCUUUCAGGUAAGACAGAAGAAGUGGUCCUGAAGAAGCUAGAGUAUAUUUAUGCAAAACAGCAAGCACUAGAGGCACAAAAAAGAAAAAAGAAGAUGGGAUCAGAUGAGUUUGACAUGUCUCCCAGAAUUAGCAAACAGCAGGAAGGAUCUUCUACAUCAUCUGUAGAUCUUGGACAGAUGUUUAUAAAUAACAGGAGGGGGAAACCUUUGAUUCUUUCCAGAAAAAAAGACCAGGCCACAGAAAAUACCUCACCCUCGAACACUCCACACACCUCUGCCAAUCUUGUGAUGACUCCACAAGGGCAAUUGCUCACCCUGAAAGGUCCCCUGUUCUCAGGACCAGUGGUAACUGUUUCUCCUGAUCUCUUAGAAUCUGAUCUUAAGCCUCAAGUUGCCAGUAGUGCUGUUGCUCUACCAGAAAACGACGACUUAUUUAUGAUGCCACGAAUUGUUAAUGUGACAUCAUUGGCCACAGAGGGAGGUUUGGUAGAUAUGGGUGGCAGCAAAUAUCCUCAUGAAGUUCCUGAUGGCAAGCCAUCUGACCAUCUGAAAGACACCGUCAGGAAUGAAGAUAAUUCCUUAGAGGACAAGAGUAGAAUGUCUUGCAGAGGAAACAGAGAUGGCAGAGUGAUGUUGGGUCCAACGCAGGUUUUUCUGGCAAACAAAGAUUCUGGUUAUCCACAAAUAGUUGACGUUUCCAGUAUGCAGAAAGCACAAGAGUUCUUACCUAAAAAGAUUUCUGGUGAUAUGAGAGGGAUUCAGUAUAAAUGGAAAGAGAGUGAAUCAAGAGGGGAGAGAGUGAAGUCAAAGGAGUCUUCAUUUCAUAAAUUAAAGAUGAAAGAUCUUAAGGACUCAAGCAUAGAGAUGGAACUGAGGAAAGUAACAUCAGCUAUAGAGGAAGCAGCUCUUGAUUCCAGUGAACUGCUAACUAACAUGGAAGAUGAGGAUGAUACUGAUGAGACACUGACUUCACUGCUCAAUGAAAUUGCCUUCCUUAAUCAACAACUAAAUGAUGACUCUGUUAGCCUGGCUGAACUACCCAGCUCUAUGGAUACAGAGUUCCCAGGGGAUGCUCGGCGGGCUUUUAUCAGUAAGGUUACUUCUGGAAACAGAGCAGCUUUCCAGGUUGAGCACUUGGGAACUGGUUUGAAAGAGUUGCCUGAUGUUCAAGGGGAGAGUGACUCUAUCAGUCCCCUCCUCUUGCACUUGGAAGAUGAUGACUUUUCUGAGAAUGAAAAACAACUUGCAGAACCAGCCUCUGAACCAGAUGUCCUUAAGAUUGUUAUUGACUCUGAAAUAAAGGAUUCCCUCCUUUCUAACAAAAAAGCUAUUGAUGGAGGGAAGAAUACUUCUGGCCUCCUUGCAGAGCCUGAAAGUGUGUCCUCACCCCCCACCCUACACAUGAAGACUGGCCUGGAGAACAGCAACAGCACAGAUACUUUGUGGAGGCCUAUGCCAAAGUUGGCCCCUCUAGGUUUAAAAGUAGCUAAUCCUUCCAGUGAUGCAGAUGGUCAGAGUCUCAAGGUGAUGCCUUGUUUGGCACCUAUAGCUGCCAAAGUUGGGUCAGUUGGACACAAAAUGAACUUCACAGGGAAUGACCCGGAAGGCCGGGAAAGCAAGGUGAUGCCUACAUUGGCACCUGUUGUGGCUAAAUUGGGCAGCUCGGGGGCCUCACCAAGUUCUGCAGGGAAAUGAACUUACUUGUCCUUAAGCAGAAGCCAGGCUGUGAGGGGAAAUUGAUCUCACCUCCUUUCUCUGCAGGCGUCUGUUUGUUUGUGUCUUGGAACUUGGAUCCUUGACUUGGAUGAUGCAGUGGAUAAUGAUGGGAGAAAGGGGGUAGGGUGCUGACCCUGGUAUUAAGAAGUACUCUGAAAUUCUGAUCAUGUUAAAAUGUGUUACCUCACUUGUGGUGCUGGGUCCCCUCAUCCUCUCUAAGAAGAUGUGAUCCAUUACUGAACACGAGGUGCCCCUCUUACCCAAGGAAUUUAUAACAGGACUCUGACUCCACAGUGGUUUCUAGUUCUUCCCCCACAAGCGAAAGAGCUGUUUGCAACUUUGGAGUUGCUGUGGACUGAACUGUAGCUUGUAGCUGUUGAAUUAAGUCUGAAAUCUAAGGAAUGUGAUGGACUUGUGCAAAGGGAUCCAGAAGAGAUACUUUUUAGUUGAUGUUUCAAGAAUAGGGAGAGAGAGGAUGUGUACCAUGGAAUACCAAAGUGAAGGACUUUGUGUCAUUCAGCAAAAUUUUCUUUUUUCAUAUCCCAAGUAGCUCCCAUUCCCUCACCUUUUCAAUCAGAAUUAACAAAUUCAAGCCUUCGGUAAAGUAGGGAUGCUUUUAACUUUUACUAUUAAGUUAAAUAUUUUGAGAUCUUAAAAAAAUAGUAGUUCUCCCUUAUUUUUGUGGGCAUUGAAAAGCUCAUUUCGCAGUACCAGGGAUUUUUACUGGGAAUAUAUAUUUUGGAGGUAGGCAUAGAGGGAGCCCUACCCCUUCCACAAAUUAUGUCACUCAAGAGACGGCUAAAAUAAAAUGCAUUAUCCCCCCAGACCAGAGACAGUGGCCAAAAUAAAAAAUCAUGGGGCUGGAAAUUUCCCAAAUCAAACCAGCCUCCUGGUGCUUAAAGGUUUCAUUCACUAUUACCUGCACAGGAUGUAAAGAAAAGUCACAGUAGGCACUCUUUACCAGGGAAAUAAGGCAGUAUUUGAAUCACAAGAUAUAUUUUUUAUCUGCAACCAUGGAUUCAAUGAUGUGUAGAGCUUUUUCACUCAUUAGCUGUCAGGAUAUGAAAGACUGACAGUCUGUAAAGAUAUUUAUAUUUUUGUAUAGUUGUUUUCAUAGAUUUCUCAAAGGCUGAAGUUUUCAACCUAGAAGAUGAGAUUUGUAUUGAGUAUAGAAAUGAUGUUUCCUAUCUAGUUUGUAAAUAAUCAUGGUGCACUUGAGGGGUCUCUUGGAAACUCCUGGGGGCAAGAAUCACUAUUCUGAAACUGUAUAGACUGGGAUUUAGCUGCUGCAUUUUGCCUUUCUUAAAUAAUUAUAUUUUGGAAUGUAACCCCUGUUCUGUCUUCAUUGACAGGAUUUGCUUGUGUUGUUACAACACUAACACAAGAGCUUCCAGUGCCUGGGCCGUGCCUAGGUGAUGCUAUUUCUUCUAUAUCUCCUGUCUUGUUUAUCCCAAAUCCCACUCAGCGUAUUUUCAGACCUAGGUUGUGAGACCAACUAUGGAUUGGAUCUAGCCAGUGAAUUAUUAUUUCCAUGGUUGGUUCCCUGUUAACUCUGGUAAUCAACAGACUGAAAACGGUGGAAGAACUUCCUCUGCAAAUUGCAGUGGGAGCAAAUUCUCGUUGGUUUUGUGCUGCUUGCCUUUCUAGAUCUGCUCAUCAGCACUUAACCUUCCCUCCUCUAAAGGUUACUGAAGCUUGAAGUAGGUGAAGAGUGCUCCUCAGCUUCUCAUUAUCCUUCCACUCUUUACCCAGCAGAUUUCAUUCAAUGCCUUAGCCAAGGAAUCCAGCACCUGUCUCCCCUGCUAAUAAUUGUCCUUAGAGAUGCUAGUACUUUAAUUCAGGUAUAGCAGUUUCCCAUUAUUUUCUUGCUUGUCUUUUCCCUACAUUUCCUCCUGAUUUCCCAAGGCUCUUUUUGUGGCUUUUGAGGGUCAGCCAAGGAGCAGGCAAGUGAGUGAACAAUCCUCAGGAAAAGAAGGACCAUUUUAGCGUAAUACUUCCUUUUUUUUUUUUUUUUUUUUUUUAAAAGAAGAAAAUAGGUAAAUAGGUAAUGAUUCUUGAUUGGAGAUACUUGACUCUUGAUGAGAGUUGUAUGAAGAUGAAAAUGAGGGAUGAUUCCAGGCGUUUUAGGGGGAAGGCUGCAGAUAUCAUUCUAACCCCCAAGAUACUGUGUUCUCAAGACCUCUUAGAACUAAGUGUUGUCAGGGAUAAUUUGAGGAGGGCUUAGUCUUCAGAACAAUCCUGCAGUCUUGACAGAAAUCUAAAAUCUCCAAAAACUCCUACCCUUUAACCUUACCCUAGGGGGAACUGAUCUAUGAAUAUUUCAUGCGUGAUUAUGAAAGGUGAAGUUGAGUGAGAGGAGUUGAGGAACGUGGAAGACAGUGAGCUCUCACCCUAACACUAUAAGAAGCAUGAUCUCAGUAGACCAAUAAUUCGCCUUUUUAUACAUCUGUAAAUAAAUGGAAUGUUUUUAAGAAUAUAAUUAUGUCAGAUUUAGCAUUUUCUUUUAUAUAUUAAAUAUAUAUAUCUUUCCUUUUCUGCUUUCGAAAAGUGACUAUUUUUUUAGAAAUCUAAGAACAGAAGUUUGGUGAUUGAAAGGUAGGAUAUAUAAACCUGAAAUAAAUCAGUUAAAAUAAUUAAAGCAGAA